AUGUUGGUUUAUGGGAAGGCAUGCCACUUGCCUGUUGAGCUUGAACACAAAGCCUAUUGGGCGAUUAAAAAGCUAAAUAUGGAGAUGGACUUGGCCGGUGAGAAGAGAUUGCUACAACUCAACGAGCUUGAUGAAUUUCGAUUGCAUGCGAAUGAAAAUGCCAAAUUGUAUAAAGAAAAGACAAAGAGGUGGAAUGAUAAGCAUAUCCAACAUCGUGAGUUUGAGCCAGGUCAAGAAGUUAUCUUGUUUAAUUCGAGGCUAAAGCUUUUUCCCGGAAAGCUUAAAUCUCGAUGGUCGGGUCCGUUUGAAGUGGUUAGUGUGAAACCUCAUGGGGCGGUGGAAUUACGUGUUACGAGUUCCAAUGCGACAUUCUUGGUAAAUGGCCAGAGAGUAAAAUAA